AGACAGUCACUGUCUCUUUGAUGAGAUAUUGUAUGAUUUCUAGACAGUGAGCGAUGCUUGCAGGCUGUGAUUGUUUGCGUAGGUGGACACUAGAGGCACCUCGGGAUUCCAGAAUCAAGAGGCGUCGCGGGACGUCAUAGCUACUUGUCCUCACCCAUCCGCCCUUCCUCCCUACCAUCUGCAACCACCCAGUUUCACACCCGCCUCGAUAUUCACCGUUUGCGCACUCUAUCCCCGGGAUUUUAGCUUCUAGAUUCACUCCACGCGCCCGCCCCCCUUUCCAAGACUCCCGAGGUUCAUCGCGACUCUACCCCGUACCGCGGAUCUGAUUACCAACCUUGGAAGACACAAUCACCACCGCAUACCUACAGCUUACGCGCGUCCACCAUGUCCGUCGAGCUCGACCCCGUAGAGCUUGGUUUCAAGCGACCCUUCCAGCACGAGGUGUCGCAGACCCUCCGCUUGAAGAACCCGCACUCUGACCCGAUUGCCUUCAAGGUGAAAACCACGGCCCCCAAGCAAUACUGCGUGAGACCGAACAGCGGACGCAUCGAGCCUGGCAAGGAUGUCGAAGUUCAGAUUCUCCUCCAAGCCAUGAAGGAGGACCCACCGCCAGAUGCGAAGUGCCGCGACAAGUUCCUGGUGCAAUCUGUACUUGUCACCGCAGAUAAGGAGUUCACCAACGUUGGAUCUCUGUGGUCGCAUAUUGAGCAAACCGCCAAGUCUUCCAUUCAAGAGAAAAAGAUCAGGGUUCUCUUCCUCGCUCCCGACGAUGCCUCCUCCAGCGCAACUCCCGCAAGAACCAACGGUAUUAGCCGCGAUUCGAUGCUCUCCUCUCCGUCACCCGAGGCCGUGACUCCCCAGCGUGGCGUAUCAGACGCUUCGGGGCCUGUCUCCGUUCCCCAGGACCGCCCAUCAGACAGCAAGAACUUGGGAGAGAUUAGGAACGAGGCAUACAAUCCAGCAACGGGCGGCAACAUGCAGUCGAGCUUCAGCUCUGCCGCUGGGACUGUCUCUAAUGCUCUACCAUCCUCGAGCGAUGUUGAGGCUCAGCUUGCUGAAGCCAAGGCGCAGAUUGCGCGAUUGACACAGCAAGUUAGCGAGGCGACCGGUCUCCGCCAGCGAAAGACAGGAUCCGCGCAGGACUCGAAGCAAGAAACAUCGUCCUCGCUAAGCACACAGCAAGCCCCCGCGGGCGGUGUGUCUGUCCAGAUCACAGCCCUUCUGUGCCUCAUCAGCUUCCUGAUUGCUUACUUCCUCUUCUAAGCGCCUUCCCAUAACACAUUCUAUGAGAGUACCAGUAAAAUCACCGUGCGCCGUUUGCGACCCCGGAUCUACAAUGCACAAAGACAGUGGAGAGUCAGACGGCAUCUUUCGACACGCGAAGACGAAGAAAUAGGGCGGUAGUAUGGCGCUGGACGAAAGGAUGGAUAGGUGCAUUUCUUUCCCAUUUGGGUAUUUCUUGCUUGGACAAGGGUCUGUCGUUGGUUACGCACACGGAGUAGCAGCUGCUUGGGAGG